CCAGAAGGGAACAGCGAUGGCGCCACAGCCUUCAAUGGACACGUAGAUGCUGCAUGAAGGUCACUCGCGACAGCUAACAAUAUGCUCAUAUAAGAAGCGCAUCGACCUGGUAAAAGAACAUCCCACUUUGGACAACGCCUCGAUCUCCCGCCAACUCGGCAAGCUGUGGAAAGGCUUGCCUGCGGAGGAGCGGAGCGUGUGGGUCAAUCUUGCGGCGUACGAUCGUGCGAGAUACAUUGCAGAAUGUCAAAUCCAGUCGACUCAACCAUCCUUGGCAACAGCUCCUUCCAUUACAACCCACCUCGCGGACGCAACGUCCGAUUACGACAUGUCGGCGCUCUCGUUACUAUCUCCGCGUCCACGAUUGACUUCAUCGCAUGGUACGGCGACUGCGGCGUCUGUAUCAGCGUAUGGCGAUCCAUUGAGUCAAUUCUCGCCUCCCAUCGUCGGCACAAUGGCGCCCUUGGCUUCGGCUACCUCUGCAUCGAAGAAGCGAAAGCGCGUCUCCACCGGGUCUCACGUCCAGCUGGCGUACUAUUACUUUCGUCGAGCAAAGCGGGAUGUGAUGCUAGCUGACAACCCGUCGAUGUUGUCGGCCGACAUAAACCGUGAGAUCGGGCAACAGUGGCACGCUUUGCGAGCUGAAGCAAAGCUUCCAUGGAUGCAGAUGGCUCUCGCAAAUGCCAAAUCUGCCAACACCGCGUCAUCCUGUCCAAAGUUUAAAGAUCCGCUGGCGCCUAAAGCUCCCCGGUCGGCGUUUCAGUUCUUGUUGGAAUCGCGCCGCCAAGAACAUCCGAACUUGGCUUACAACGACUUAACCAAGGAAUCAGCGCAGCUGUGGCGGCUCAUGCCUGACGACAGAAGAGCUCCUUGGAUGAAACUAGCUCGGGAAGAUCGUCUGCGCUACGAAUGUGAAAUGAAAAAGUACAAGCCACCAACGUACGCCCGCGACUUCAAAUCUGCGAAGCGCCCAGUCUAUCUCGGCGGCGGCAAGGGCGAAACGAAUCCCCAGUCGGCCUUUGUGCAUUUCUUUCGAGAUAAGCGCGUUUCGCACGCGAACUUGAGCUUCGUUGAGUUGACGCAGCGGCUGAGUCGCCAGUGGAAGCUCAUGUCACUGGAGGAAAAACGCCCGUGGCUACAGCGAGCUCUCGACGAAAGAGCUCGGCGAGGUUCAACCACCGCCCAUCAAGCCAAGCGAACGAAGUCCACCGACGCCACCCCACCUACACCGCCCCCUCCUUGCAAAAAGACGUCGAUUCCGCGACGUCCUAAAUCUGCAUUUGUACAUUUCCAACUCCAAACUCGACAAUCGAUGCCCGACAUGCCGUACAAGGACUUCAUGCAAAAGAUCGCGGCCAUGUGGAAGACCAAGUCCGAUGCGGACAAGAUGCCGUGGCAAGCGUUGGCGAAACAAGACCUAAACAGGUACACUCGUGAGUGCGCGGCAGCAUCGUCGUCGUCGGUGGCCACGAGCGCCACAUCGCCCGACCCGUUGCCUGGACAUACGUCGUGUGGAGGAGGGAAUACGCCCGCCGUGGCUUCCUCCCUGCGCCUGCGCCAUGGUUUCGCGUGCUUUGUACAAGCCAAGAAGCACGACAUCUUGGCCAAAACUCCGCACUUGACCCACAACGAGCUGUUGCACGAGGUGGGCAAAUUGUGGCGUGAUAUGUCUCCACUGGAACGACAGCGGUGGAGAGACCUCAUGCAGGACAAGAAAUCACCCAUGGCUCGGUCGUCUUCAGCGCCACGCUCCAAAUCGUCGCCAGAGACGUCGACCCUAUCGACGUCCAGUCCACUACUUACCCAGCCGCUUGUGGACGACUCGCAGCAACACCACCUUGAGCUCAUGGACGGGCUGUGGGGCGAGGACGUCGAAAGCGUGUCGCAGCACAUGUUUUACGAGGAAGACCUGGCGCAAUCGCACCCCUUGUCGCUGCCGUUGAUGGAGGACAUGGACUCGAUGCACCACCACCCGCACUCGUCGGACAUGCUGUAGGCUGACCCGUCGUCAUUCGUCAUCGGAACGAUGUGUUGUCGACAAUGCAAGUCGUGGCGAGUUUUCAAUCCAUGCAGUUUUCCCCCUCAUCGGUGUAUAUAUG